AUGGUUUUGGCAAGUGAACUUAACGUUUGGAAGGUUCUUCAGAAGCAUUAUGAAGAAGAAGGAAAACACCUGAUCAUGAGAGAUCUUUUCGCGCAAGAUCCGAAUCGAUUUAAUACCUUCUCACGUCAGUUCAAAGGCGAACGUACUGGUGCUUCAAUUCUACUCGAUUUCUCGAAGAAUAUCAUCACCAAUGAUACGUUUAAUGCCCUCAUUGAACUCGCGCGUGAAGCUGAUGUUGAAGGAUUUAGGGAUAAAAUGUUUAGUGGGGAACACAUAAAUUUCACUGAAGAUCGUGCCGUACUGCAUAUCGCUUUAAGAAACGUAUCAAACACUCCAAUUUGUGACAACGGUGUAGACGUCAUGCCAGAAGUGAAUGCAGUAUUAAAACAAAUGAAGGAUGCUUCCGAUGCUAUUCGUAGUGGUGCAUGGACCGGAUACACCGGAAAAGCGAUUACCGAUAUCGUUAAUAUUGGUAUUGGUGGUUCUGACCUUGGUCCUGUCAUGGUCACCGAAGCCUUGAAAGCAUAUGCUAAACCAGGAUUGAAUGCGCAUUUCGUAUCAAACAUUGAUGGCACGCAUUUGGCUGAAACGUUGAAAAAAGUACAGCCCGAUACUACGCUUUUCAUCAUUGCAUCGAAAACUUUCACCACGCAAGAAACUAUCACCAAUGCUAAUUCCGCAAGGAGAUGGUUCCUUGAAUUUGCAAAGGACGUAUGUAAUUGGCCUCACGAGUAUGAAGAUCAAGCACACAUUGCCAAACAUUUCGUUGCUAUAUCGACCAAUGUCAAAGAAGUUACUGCCUUUGGAAUUGAUCCCGCAAAUAUGUUCAGAUUUUGGGAUUGGGUUGGUGGCCGCUACUCUUUAUGGUCUGCCAUCGGCCUCUCAAUUGCGAUCAGCAUUGGAUUUGAUAACUUCCACGAGAUUCUCUCUGGUGCACACGACAUGGAUAAUCAUUUCAAGAAUACCCCACUGGAUCAAAACUUGCCGGUUAUCUUAGGCGUUUUAGGAGUUUGGUACAACAAUUUCUUUGGACAUCAAACGCACGCAAUAUUACCCUACGACCAAUAUCUUCAUCGGUUUCCAGCAUAUUUUCAACAAGGAGACAUGGAAUCCAAUGGUAAAUACGUCUCACGAUCAGGAAAAACCGUCGAUUACCAAACUGGUCCUAUAAUUUGGGGUGAGCCAGGUACCAACGGUCAACAUGCAUUCUAUCAGUUGAUUCAUCAAGGCGUAAAAGUUGUUCCGGCUGACUUUUUGGCUCCCAUCGAAACCCAUAACCCAAUUUCUGAUGGCUUACACCACGAGAUCCUUCUCUCGAAUUUCUUUGCUCAGACAGAAGCUUUGAUGGUCGGAAAAAACAUUGGAGAAGUACUAUCGGAAUUGAAGGAUGAGCCAAAAAAAGAACUAAUAGCACCUCAUAAAGUUUUUCUUGGGAAUCGUCCGACGAAUAGCAUUAUGGUCCAGAAAAUAACUCCAGGAACGCUUGGUGCGCUAAUUGCUUUAUAUGAACACAAAAUCUUUGUGCAAGGCAUUAUUUGGAACAUCAACUCUUUUGACCAAUGGGGUGUCGAACUUGGCAAGGUCCUUGCGAAGAAGAUUUUGCCAGAGUUAAAGAAUAAGGAUGCUACCCCAGUUUCCUCACACGACUCCAGUACUAACGGGCUUAUCAAUUUCUAUAAAGCAAAUAGAAACUGCUGA